AUGGUUGGAGGAAAAUUAAUAAAAACUUUCAAAGAGCCAACUCCUUCCAAAAAAAAUGUUAUUGAUGUAUCGAAAUCAAGUAACAUUUUAACCAGUGAUAUUUCAUCAAGUGAUAUUACAACGUCAAAAUCAUUUUCAACAGACGAACAAACUUCGUUUUCGAGUUCAUAUGUAGAAAGCGAACAAUCAAAUUUGAAAACUCCCAAAUCUAUGUAUCAAAUAGAAGACCAAAUAGAAGAAACAAAAAGCACAAAACAGUCAAAUAAUAUAAAAGAUAAAUUUAAAUCAAAUAAAUCUGUUGAAAAUGUCGACGAAGAAGGCUUGACGGUGCGCAUGGUCGGAGGAAAAUUAAUAAAAACUUUCAACGAACCAACACCAACAAAUAAAAACCAUCUUGAUGUUUCUAAAUCAAAUAAUAUUUCAACUGGUGAUAUUACAACGUCUACAUCGUUUUCUACAAAUGAACAGACUUCAGUUUCCAGUUCAUAUCUAGACAGUGAUGAAUCCAAUUUGAAUGUGUCUAAAUCAUUGUAUCAAUCGGAAGAAACAUCACACGAAACAAACAAAACGAAACAACCAUAUAUGAAGAAAAAUGAAUCUGUAUCAAAAAAAUCUGUUGAAACUGUCGACGAAGAAGGCUUAUCAGUACGCAUGGUCGGUGGAAAAUUAAUCAAAACUUUUAAGGAGCCAACACCGUCCAAAAAAACUACUACUCAAGUAUCAAGAUCAAGUAGCAAUACAACUAAUGAUAUUUCUUCAAGUGAUGUUACUACGUCAACGUCGUUUAUUACUAAUGAACAAUCAUCAUUUACAAGUUCAUUUGGAGAAAAUGACCAAUCGGACAUAAAAACAACAACCACAUCUAAGUCUGUAAAUAAAAAAACAGAUAAACCAGAGGAGUCGAAAAAUAAGAAACAACCAGACACGAAAAAAGACAAAUCUACACCAAUAACUACUGUUGAUAUUGUCGACGAAGAAGGCUUAUCAGUACGCAUGGUCGGUGGAAAAUUAAUCAAAACUUUUAAGGAGCCAACACCGUCCAAAAAAACUACUACUCAAGUAUCAAGAUCAAGUAGCAAUACAACUAAUGAUAUUUCUUCAAGUGAUGUUACUACGUCAACGUCGUUUAUUACUAAUGAACAAUCAUCAUUUACAAGUUCAUUUGGAGAAAAUGACCAAUCGGACAUAAAAACAACAACCACAUCUAAGUCUGUAAAUAAAAAAACAGAUAAACCAGAGGAGUCGAAAAAUAAGAAACAACCAGACACGAAAAAAGACAAAUCUACACCAAUAACUACUGUUGACAUUGUCGACGAAGAAGGCUUAUCAGUACGCAUGGUCGGUGGAAAAUUAAUCAAAACUUUUAAAGAGCCAACACCGUCCAAAAAAACUACUACUCAAGUAUCAAGAUCAAGUAGCAAUACAACUAAUGAUAUUUCUUCAAGUGAUGUUACUACGUCAACGUCGUUUAUUACUAAUGAACAAUCAUCAUUUACAAGUUCAUUUGGAGAAAAUGACCAAUCGGACAUAAAAACAACAACCACAUCUAAGUCUGUAAAUAAAAAAACAGAUAAACCAGAGGAGUCGAAAAAUAAGAAACAACCAGACACGAAAAAAGACAAAUCUACACCAAUAACUACUGUUGACAUUGUCGACGAAGAAGGCUUAUCAGUACGCAUGGUCGGUGGAAAAUUAAUCAAAACUUUUAAGGAGCCAACACCGUCCAAAAAAACUACUACUCAAGUAUCAAGAUCAAGUAGCAAUACAACUAAUGAUAUUUCUUCAAGUGAUGUUACUGCGUCAACGUCGUUUAUUACUAAUGAACAAUCAUCAUUUACAAGUUCAUUUGGAGAAAAUGACCAAUCGGACAUAAAAACAACAACCACAUCUAAGUCUGUAAAUAAAAAAACAGAUAAACCAGAGGAGUCGAAAAAUAAGAAACAACCAGACACGAAAAAAGACAAAUCUACACCAAUAACUACUGUUGACAUUGUCGACGAAGAAGGCUUAUCAGUACGCAUGGUCGGUGGAAAAUUAAUCAAAACUUUUAAGGAGCCAACACCGUCCAAAAAAACUACUACUCAAGUAUCAAGAUCAAGUAGCAAUACAACUAAUGAUAUUUCUUCAAGUGAUGUUACUACGUCAACGUCGUUUAUUACUAAUGAACAAUCAUCAUUUACAAGUUCAUUUGGAGAAAAUGACCAAUCGGACAUAAAAACAACAACCACAUCUAAGUCUGUAAAUAAAAAAACAGAUAAACCAGAGGAGUCGAAAAAUAAGAAACAACCAGACACGAAAAAAGACAAAUCUACACCAAUAACUACUGUUGACAUUGUCGACGAAGAAGGCUUAUCAGUACGCAUGGUCGGUGGAAAAUUAAUCAAAACUUUUAAGGAGCCAACACCGUCCAAAAAAACUACUACUCAAGUAUCAAGAUCAAGUAGCAAUACAACUAAUGAUAUUUCUUCAAGUGAUGUUACUGCGUCAACGUCGUUUAUUACUAAUGAACAAUCAUCAUUUACAAGUUCAUUUGGAGAAAAUGACCAAUCGGACAUAAAAACAACAACCACAUCUAAGUCUGUAAAUAAAAAAACAGAUAAACCAGAGGAGUCGAAAAAUAAGAAACAACCAGACACGAAAAAAGACAAAUCUACACCAAUAACUACUGUUGAUAUUGUCGACGAAGAAGGCUUAUCAGUACGCAUGGUCGGUGGAAAAUUAAUCAAAACUUUUAAGGAGCCAACACCGUCCAAAAAAACUACUACUCAAGUAUCAAGAUCAAGUAGCAAUACAACUAAUGAUAUUUCUUCAAGUGAUGUUACUACGUCAACGUCGUUUAUUACUAAUGAACAAUCAUCAUUUACAAGUUCAUUUGGAGAAAAUGACCAAUCGGACAUAAAAACAACAACCACAUCUAAGUCUGUAAAUAAAAAAACAGAUAAACCAGAGGAGUCGAAAAAUAAGAAACAACCAGACACGAAAAAAGACAAAUCUACACCAAUAACUACUGUUGAUAUUGUCGACGAAGAAGGCUUAUCAGUACGCAUGGUCGGUGGAAAAUUAAUCAAGACUUUCAAAGAGCCAUCUCGAAAUAUUUUAAAAAAUAAUUCUAAAUCUAAUAUAUUUAAUACAAGCAGCCAACGGACAAAUUUAAAUAUAGACACUAACUCUCUCGUUUUAAAUACGACUUAUAUUAUCGACGAAUCAUUAUCAAAUAGUGAAGUAACAAAGAUCGUUAAGACUAGUAAUGACAGUAGUACAACUACUGUUGAUGGGAAAACAAUAAAAAAUUUUAAAGGACCCGAGAAAACUCCUCGAAAACCGAAAUCUGGUGUUCCAGAUAAAACGAAUACGGACGUUAUGUCUUUUGAUAAUAAUUUUACUACAUCUGUAAACGAUACUAAACACGUUCACGAUGUAUUUUAUGAUGUUUCUGAAGAAUCUUACAUUGAAUCUCGACAGUUUUCGGAACAAUCUAUAGUGCAAGAUUUUCAAGUAACAUCGAAUACAUCCGAAUAUUAUCCUGAGAGGCCUGUUAGAAAUAGAGAUAUAAGAGAUAACAUUGUUGUUCAAGAUAUCACUGACUUCGUGUCUGUUUCAAAUCACGCAGAAGUAAUAGAAAAUAGAACAAUAUCCGAAGCGGUGUUCGAAAAAUCAGUAGUAAAAGGUAUAACCGAAAAUUAUGAAAACCACGUAUCUUCGUCAAAAAAAGUCCGCGAAAAUAAAGUAGACAAAAAGUCGAAAAAGGAUCAAAAGGAAACUACUUCAAUCACAAAGGAACAGUGUAUUUGCGAAAUUUGUACCUGUGGACGUCAUCGAUGUCCGCAUACACCUGGAACAGAUAGGUCUCCACUAGAUUUGGAGCCUAUAUCGUCUCCAAAAAUAUCAAGGACUAAAGAAGAAUAUCAGCCAAUACCAUUCGACCGCGUUGAAAGGCCUAGUUUGCAAAGACUUAAUACAGAAUUAACUCUAACCGAAGGAAAAAUUGAAUCUACUACGGCCUACAGGUCGGAGUUUGAGGGAAAAUAUGCAGAACGUCAAGCCCGAUAUAAAAUGGAAGAUCAACUUCAUCUCGAAGGUGAAUAUUCUCCACAAAGAAAACAAGAAUAUACGGGACUUCCUGGUGAUCGUUAUUUAUCACGUAAGCCACAAGAUAACUUAAAACCUGAAGGAGAUUUUGAAAGACCUACUCGUGAAAAAGUGACACCGGCAGAGCGACCAAAACCGAUAAAACCUAGCGAUAAUUUGAUGCCAGAGGGUGAUUUUGAAAGACCACAACCGUCGAAGUAUGGGCCCGGCGAGAGAGCGCCAAUCGUUAAACAUCCGGACAAUUUAAAACCUGAAGGCGAAUUUGAAAGACCAAUUCGUGAAAAAGUGACACCAGCAGAACGACCAAAACCGAUAAAACCUAGUGAUAAUUUGAAGCCAGAGGGUGACUUCGAAAGACCUCAACCAUCGAAAUACGGGCCCGGUGAGAGAGCGCCAAUCGUCAAACAUCCGGACAAUUUAAAACCUGAAGGCGAAUUUGAAAGACCAAUUAAAUCUAAAAUAGAACCAGGAGAACGUCCAAUACCGUUUAAGCCAAGUGACAAUUUAAAGCCAGAAGGUAAUUUCGAGCGGCCAACACCUACAAAAGUGCAACCUGCUGAUCGACAAAAGCCAAUUAGACCAAAAGAUAAUUUACGACCUGAAGGUGAAUUUGAAAGGCCUGUACCAUCUCAAUAUGGACCAGGUGACCGAGCACCAAUAGUUAAGCAUCCAGAUAAUCUUAAACCUGAAGGAGACUUUGAUAGGCCCGAACCUAACAAAUAUGCACCUGGUGAUCGUGCGCCUAUAGUAAAACAUCCAGACAAUUUAAAAUCUGAAGGAGAUUUUGAUAGACCAGAACAACCCAAAGCACCAAAAAGAGGAGAAAGAGCACCUACUAAGAAACCUAUUGACAAUUUACGACCAGAAGGUGAAUUUUACGGAGAAAGAACAGUAACAAAAAUCGUUAAAGGAGAAAGAGCUGAAAUUCGAAGACACGAAGACCAAUUAGUAAUUGGUGGAGAAUUUACAGAUACCACUACACAAAGAAUGGAGUUUACAGGAGAAUCAACUGAACGACCAAGAAUGAUACGUAGAAAUACAUGGACCAAACUAGAAGGAGAUAUUUUGGUAGUACCAAAAAAUAAAGAAGAUUACCCAGAACGUCCAGUGGUCCGAUAUGAAAAAGGAAAAAAGAAAACUGAUACAUUGAAUAUAACAACAGGUGAAUUUUAUUCGAACACAUCAUCUCAAGAAGCUUAUCAACGACAUGAUAUGCAAAAAACCGAAAUCAUAAAGAAACGAACAGACAAUUUGAUAUGCGAGGGAGAAAUGUCUUUUGAAACUUCACGAAUGGCCGAUUACUCAGCAAAAACGACAGAAUUAGAAAAACCGGUAAGGCGACGUACUUGGACUAAACAAGAUGGAGAAAUAUACUUCCAAACUACAACUUCAGAAGUGUUUAAACAUCAUAACGAAACAAAUAUAAGACAUAAUAUCAAAAAACACACGGAUAAUAUAACUAUUGAAGGAAAAUUUGAUGAUAGAACACAUUCUAAGGAACAAUUCAAGAACAUACACACCGAGAGGUCAAUACAAAAAAAACCAAUAGAUAAUUUAAAACCUGAAGGUGAAUUUGAUCGUCCACAAAAAGAAAAAUAUAAGCCAUCAGAAAGACCUAAACAAAUAAAGCCAUCCGACAAUUUAAAACCAGAAGGUAAGUUUGAACGCCCGAAACAAAAAGAUUACAAAACAGCAGAAAGACCAAAACAAAUUAAACCGCAAGACAAUCUUAAACCUGAAGGCGAUUUUGAAAGACCAAAAGAAGAAAAGUUUACGCCGAGUGAAAGACCGUCACCAUUUAAACCAUCAGACAAUUUGAAACCAGAAGGAAAAUUUGAACGACCCAUAAAUGAAAAGUAUAAACCAAGUGAGCGACCAACACCAUUUAAACCUAAUGAUAAUUUGAAACCAGAAGGAGAAUUUGAAAAACGUUUGCCACAGAAGGUUGGUCCUGGUGAUCGUGCUCCAAUCGUUAAACCUAAAGACAAUUUGUAUCCAGAAGGUGAAUUCCAACGACCAAAGUAUGAUGAAUUCCAACCAUCCAAAAGACCCAAACAGGUCAAACCACAAGACAAUUUAUAUCCUGAAGGCGAUUUCGAACGUCCAGAAUAUCCAGAAUAUUCUCCAUCUGAAAGACCAAAACAGUUUAAGCCUACAGACAAUCUAAAACCUGAAGGUGAAUUCGAAAGACCAGUUUAUGAAAAAUUCAAACCUAGUGAACGCCCUACAGCUUUUAAACCAAGUGACAAUUUAAAACCUGAAGGUGAGUUCGAAAAACGUACUCCGCAGAAGGUUGGUCCUGGUGAUCGUGCUCCAAUCGUUAAGCCUAAAGAUAAUUUGUAUCCAGAGGGAGAGUUUCAGCGACCUAAGCCAAAUGAUUAUCACCCAUCUGAAAGACCCAAACAGGUUAAACCACAAGACAAUUUGUACCCUGAAGGUAAUUUCGAAAGACCAGAAUAUCCAGAGUAUUCGCCAUCGGAAAGGCCAAAACAGUUUAAGCCAACAGAUAAUCUAAAACCGGAAGGUGAUUUUGAAAGACCAGUAAAUGAAAAAUUCAAACCCGGUGAACGUCCUGCCGCUUUUAAACCAACUGAUAAUUUAAAACCUGAAGGUGAAUUUGAAAAACGAACUCCACAAAAAGUUGGUCCAGGAGAUCGUGCUCCAAUCGUAAAACCUAAAGAUAAUUUAUAUCCCGAAGGAGAAUUUCAGCGACCAACACCUGAAGAAUUCCAGCCAUCUGAAAGACCUAAGCAAGUUAAGCCUCAAGACAAUCUAUUUCCAGAAGGGACUUUCGAUCGCCCUGAGUUACCUCAAUAUUCACCAUCUGAGAGACCAAAACAAUUUAAACCAACAGACAAUCUUAAACCAGAAGGUGAUUUUGAAAGACCAGUUUAUGAAAAAUUCAAACCCAGUGAACGUCCUGUCGCUUUUAAACCAACUGAUAAUUUAAAACCUGAAGGUGAAUUUGAAAAACGUACGCCACAAAAAGUUGGUCCAGGUGAUCGUGCUCCAAUCGUCAAACCUAAAGAUAAUUUGUAUCCAGAAGGAGAAUUCCAAAGACCGAAGCCAGAUGAUUAUCAACCAUCUGAAAGACCCAAACAGGUUAAACCACAAGACAAUUUGUACCCUGAAGGUAAUUUCCAAAGACCAGAAUAUCCAGAGUAUUCACCAUCUGAAAGACCAAAACAAUUUAAACCAACAGACAAUCUUAAACCAGAAGGUGAUUUCGAACGUCCUGUACAUGAGAAGUUCAAACCUAGUGAACGCCCAACGCCAUUUAAACCAUCGGAUAACCUUAAACCUGAAGGAGAAUUUGAAAAGCGGAUACCGCAGAAGGUUGGCCCUGGAGAACGGGCACCAGUUGUUAAACCAAAAGACAAUUUAUUCCCAGAAGGUGAAUUUGAAAGGCCAGAACAUCCCGAGUAUUCACCAUCUAAAAGACCAGAACAAUUUAAACCUUCCGAUAAUCUUAAACCAGAAGGAGAUUUCGAACGUCCUGUACAUGAGAAGUUUAAACCUAGUGAGCGUCCAACGCCGUUUAAACCAUCGGAUAAUCUAAAACCCGAAGGUGAAUUUGAAAGAAAGAAACCAGAUGAAUUCUAUCCAGCUGAAAGAGUUAAACAAGUGAAACCCCAAGAUAAUUUAUACCCAGAAGGCAAUUUCGAACGCCCUGAGUAUCCAGAAUAUUCACCAUCAGAAAGACCUAAACAAUUCAGACCUACAGAUAAUUUAAAACCCGAAGGCGAAUUUGAGCGGCCUGUACAUGAAAAAUUCAAACCUAGUGAACGGCCAGCUGCAUAUAAACCUUCGGAUAACUUAAAGCCGGAAGGUGAAUUUGAUAGAAGAAAGCCAGAAGAAUUCAAACCUGCAGAAAGAGUGAAACAAGUCAAACCACAAGAUAAUUUGUUUCCAGAAGGUAGUUUUGAUCGUCCAGAUUUACCUGAAUAUUCACCGUCUGAAAGGCCAAAACAAUUUAAGCCCACAGACAAUUUAAAACCUGAAGGUGAAUUCGAACGUCCGAUUCACGAGAAGUUCAAACCCAGUGUACGUCCAACACCAUUUAAACCAUCUGAUAAUUUAAAACCAGAGGGAGAGUUUGAAAAGCGUACUCCGCAGAAAGUUGGUCCUGGAGAUCGUGCUCCAAUUGUUAGGCCAAAAGAUAAUUUGUAUCCAGAAGGUGAAUUCCAAAGACCAAUACCUGAGGAAUUCCAGCCUUCUGAAAGACCGAAGCAAGUUAAGCCACAAGACAAUCUAUAUCCUGAAGGUGAUUUUGAACGACCAGAGCAUCUAGACUAUAAAUCAUCUGAAAGACCGAAACAAUUUAGGCCUACGGAUAAUUUAAAACCUGAAGGUGAUUUUGAACGACCUGUUUAUGAAAAAUUCAAACCUAGUGAACGUCCUGCCGCUUUUAAACCUACAGAUAAUUUAAAACCUGAAGGUGAAUUUGAAAAACGUAAGCCACAAAAAGUUGGUCCUGGUGAUCGUGCUCCAAUCGUAAAACCUAAAGAUAAUUUGUAUCCAGAAGGAGAAUUCCAAAGACCGAAGCCAGAUGAUUAUCAACCAUCUGAAAGGCCCAAACAGGUUAAACCACAAGACAAUUUGUACCCUGAAGGUAAUUUCGAAAGACCAGAAUAUCCAGAGUAUUCGCCAUCAGAAAGGCCAAAACAGUUUAAGCCAACAGAUAAUCUAAAACCGGAAGGUGAUUUUGAAAGACCAGUAUAUGAAAAAUUCAAACCCAGUGAACGUCCUGCCGCUUUUAAACCAACUGAUAAUUUAAAACCUGAAGGUGAAUUUGAAAAACGUACUCCACAAAAAGUUGGUCCAGGAGAUCGAGCUCCAAUCGUUAAGCCCAAAGAUAAUUUGUAUCCCGAAGGAGAAUUUCAGCGACCAACACCUGAAGAAUUCCAGCCAUCUGAAAGACCUAAGCAAGUUAAGCCUCAAGACAAUCUAUUUCCAGAAGGGACUUUCGAUCGCCCUGAGUUACCUCAAUAUUCACCAUCUGAGAGACCAAAACAAUUUAAACCAACAGACAAUCUUAAACCAGAAGGUGAUUUUGAAAGACCAGUUUAUGAAAAAUUCAAACCCAGUGAACGUCCUGCCGCUUUUAAACCAACUGAUAAUUUAAAACCUGAAGGUGAAUUUGAAAAACGUACCCCACAAAAAGUUGGUCCAGGUGAUCGUGCUCCAAUCGUCAAACCUAAAGAUAAUUUGUAUCCAGAAGGAGAAUUCCAAAGACCGAAGCCAGAUGAUUAUCAACCAUCUGAAAGACCCAAACAGGUUAAACCACAAGACAAUUUGUACCCUGAAGGUAAUUUCCAAAGACCAGAAUAUCCAGAGUAUUCACCAUCUGAAAGACCAAAACAAUUUAAACCAACAGACAAUCUUAAACCAGAAGGUGAUUUCGAACGUCCUGUACAUGAGAAGUUCAAACCUAGUGAACGCCCAACGCCAUUUAAACCAUCGGAUAACCUUAAACCUGAAGGAGAAUUUGAAAAGCGGAUACCGCAGAAGGUUGGCCCUGGAGAACGGGCACCAGUUGUUAAACCAAAAGACAAUUUGUUCCCCGAAGGUGAAUUUGAAAGGCCAGAACAUCUCGAGUAUUCAGCAUCUAAAAGACCAGAACAAUUUAAACCUUCCGAUAAUCUUAAACCAGAAGGAGAUUUCGAACGUCCUGUAUAUGAGAAGUUCAAACCCAGUGAGCGUCCAACGCCGUUUAAACCAUCGGAUAAUCUGAAACCCGAAGGUGAAUUUGAAAGAAAGAAACCAAAAGAAUUCCAUCCAGCUGAACGUGUUAAACAAGUUAAACCCCAAGAUAAUUUAUACCCAGAAGGCGAUUUCGAACGUCCUGAUUAUCCAGAAUAUUCACCAUCUGAAAGACCAAAACAAUUCAAGCCUACUGACAAUCUAAAACCUGAAGGCGAUUUCGAACGUCCUGUAUAUGAGAAGUUCAAACCCAGUGAGCGUCCCGCUCCAUACAAACCUAGUGAUAAUUUAAAACCAGAAGGUGAAUUUGAAAAACGUACACCACAGAAGGUUGGUCCUGGAGAACGGGCACCAGUUGUUAAACCAAAAGACAAUUUGUUCCCAGAAGGUGAAUUUGAAAGGCCAGAACAUCCCGAGUAUUCACCAUCUAAAAGACCAGAACAAUUUAAACCUUCCGAUAAUCUUAAACCAGAAGGAGAUUUCGAACGUCCUGUACAUGAGAAGUUUAAACCUAGUGAGCGUCCAACGCCGUUUAAACCAUCGGAUAAUCUGAAACCCGAAGGUGAAUUUGAAAGAAAGAAACCAGAUGAAUUCCAUCCAGCUGAAAGAGUUAAACAAGUGAAACCCCAAGAUAAUUUAUACCCAGAAGGCGAUUUCGAACGCCCUGAUUAUCCAAAAUAUUCACCAUCUGAAAGACCAAAACAAUUCAAGCCUACUGACAAUCUAAAACCUGAAGGCGAUUUCGAACGUCCUGUAUAUGAGAAGUUCAAACCUAAUGAACGUCCUGCUGCAUUUAAACCAUCUGAUAAUCUAAAACCUGAAGGGGAAUUUCAGAAGCGUAUACCAGAUGAGUUCAAGCCUUCUGAACGACCGAAGCAAGUUAAGCCUCAAGACAAUUUGUUUCCAGAAGGGACUUUUGAGCGCCCUGAAUAUCCAGAAUAUUCUCCUUCCGAAAGGCCGAAACAAUUCCGUCCAAGUGAUAAUCUUAAACCGGAAGGAGAUUUCGAAAGACCAGUUUAUGAAAAGUUCAAACCUAGUGAACGACCUACACCGUUUAAGCCAUCUGAUAACCUUAAACCUGAAGGUGAAUUUGAAAAACGUACUCCACAAAAAGUUGGUCCAGGAGAUCGAGCUCCAAUCGUUAAGCCCAAAGAUAAUUUGUAUCCUGAAGGCGAAUUCCAACGACCAAAACCUAAAGAAUUCCAGCCAUCUGAAAGACCUAAGCAAGUUAAGCCACAAGACAAUCUAUUUCCGGAAGGGACUUUUGAACGUCCAGAAUAUCCAGAAUAUUCUGCUUCCGAAAGACCGAAACAAUUCCGUCCAAGUGAUAAUCUUAAACCGGAAGGAGAUUUCGAAAGACCAGUUUAUGAAAAGUUCAAACCUAGUGAACGACCUACACCGUUUAAGCCAUCUGAUAACCUUAAACCUGAAGGUGAAUUUGAAAAACGUACUCCACAAAAAGUUGGUUCAGGAGAUCGAGCUCCAAUCGUUAAGCCCAAAGAUAAUUUGUAUCCUGAAGGCGAAUUCCAACGACCAAAACCUAAAGAAUUCCAGCCAUCUGAAAGACCUAAGCAAGUUAAGCCACAAGACAAUCUAUUUCCGGAAGGGACUUUUGAACGUCCAGAAUAUCCAGAAUAUUCUGCUUCCGAUAGACCGAAACAAUUCCGUCCAUGUGAUAAUCUUAAACCGGAAGGAGAUUUUGAAAGACCAGUAUAUGAAAAAUUCAAACCCAGUGAACGUCCUGCCGCUUUUAAACCAACUGAUAAUUUAAAACCUGAAGGUGAAUUUGAAAAACGAACUCCACAAAAAGUUGGUCCAGGAGAUCGCGCUCCAAUCGUUAAGCCCAAGGAUAAUUUGUACCCUGAAGGUGAAUUCCAACGACCAAAACCUAAUGAAUUCCAGCCAUCUGAAAGACCUAAGCAAGUUAAGCCACAAGACAAUCUAUUUCCAGAAGGGACUUUUGAACGUCCAGAAUAUCCAGAAUAUUCUUCUUCCGAAAGACCAAAACAAUUCCGUCCAUGUGAUAAUCUUAAACCGGAGGGAGAUUUCGAAAGACCAGUUUAUGAAAAGUUCAAACCAAGUGAACGACCUACACCGUUUAAGCCAUCUGAUAACCUUAAACCUGAAGGUGAAUUUGAAAAACGUACUCCACAAAAAGUUGGUCCAGGAGAUCGCGCUCCAAUCGUUAAGCCCAAGGAUAAUUUGUACCCUGAAGGUGAAUUCCAACGACCAAAACCUAAUGAAUUCCAGCCAUCUGAAAGACCUAAGCAAGUUAAACCACAAGACAAUUUGUUUCCCGAAGGUUCUUUUGACCGUCCUGAUUAUCCAGAAUAUUCCCCAGCUGAAAGACCGAAACAAUUUCGACCAAACGACAAUCUUAAACCAGAAGGUGAAUUUGAAAAGCGCACGCCGCAGAAGGUUGGUCCCGGAGAACGGGCACCAGUUGUUAAACCAAAAGAUAAUUUGUUCCCUGAAGGAGAUUUUGAAAGACCAGAACAACAAGAGUAUUCACCAUCUGAAAGACCAAAACAAUUUAAACCUUCCGAUAAUCUUAAACCAGAGGGAGAUUUUGAACGUCCUGUACACGAGAAGUUCAAACCUAGUGAACGUCCUGCUGCAUUUAAACCCAGUGAUAAUUUGAAACCCGAAGGUGAAUUUGAAAAACGUACUCCACAGAAGGUUGGUCCUGGUGAUCGUGCUCCAAUCGUUAAACCUAAAGACAAUUUGUAUCCAGAAGGUGAUUUUGAAAAACGUGUUCAACAAAAAGUGGGUCCUGGUGACAGAGCUCCUAUUGUCAAACCUAAGGACAAUCUGUAUCCUGAAGGUUUAUUAGACACAUCAUAUGUUAAAAACAAAUCUGAAGUAACUGUAGGUGAUAGAGCUGCUAUUCACAUUCAUGAAGAUAAUUUAAAGCUGACUGGAGAACACACUAUUUUUAAGAAAGAUGACUUUACGCGUAAAACUGCUAUACGUUCUGAAAUAGUUAAGCAUGACGAUAAUCUUAAAAUCGAAGGUGAACUUAUAGAUAAUUUUAAACGAACUGAUUUCUCAGCUACUAGAGGGGAACGAUCCGAAAUUUUUCACAGAGAAGACAAUUUAAGAAUUGAAGGUGAAUUUAUUGAUAUGCGUUCAAGAAAUGAUUACAGUAAACAUGUUGUGAACAGAGUAACUUCUAUAUCAAAACAUGAAGACAACCUUAGAAUGGAAGGUGCUUUUGAAAAGCGUGAAAAAGUAUCCUUUGUUUCUGCUGAAAGACCUAAUCAAAUUAGGCAUCCAGAUAAUUUAAGACCAGAAGGCGAAUUUGAAAAACGUACUCAUCAAACAAUUGGACCAGGUGAUAGAGCUCCUAUUGUUAGGCCCAAAGAUAAUCUUAAACCUGAAGGAGAAUUUGAUAGACCAUCUCCAGAUAAGUAUAAAUCUGGUGAACGACCUAAACAAAUUAUACAUCCAGAUAAUUUAAGACCUGAAGGUGAAUUUGAUAGACCUUCUUUAGAUAAUUAUACACCGGGUGAACGACCUAAACAAAUUAGGCAUCCAGAUAAUUUAAGACCAGAAGGUGAAUUUGAAAAACGUACUCAUCAAACAAUUGGACCAGGUGAUAGAGCUCCUAUUGUUAAGCCCAGAGAUAAUCUCAAACCUGAAGGUGAAUUUGAUAGACCGUCUCCAGAUAAGUAUAAAUCUGGUGAACGACCUAAACAAAUUAGGCAUCCAGAUAAUUUAAGACCAGAAGGUGAAUUUGAUAGACCUUCUUUAGAUAAUUAUAGACCAGGUGAACGACCAAAACAAAUUAGACAUCCAGAUAACUUAAAACCAGAAGGUGAAUUUGAUAGACCAUCUCAACAAAGUUACGGACCGGGUGAGCGACCAAAACAAAUUAGACAUCCAGAUAACUUAAGACCUGAAGGUGAAUUUGAUAGACCGUCUUCAGAUAAUUAUAGACCAGGUGAACGACCAAAACAAAUUAAACAUCCAGAUAACUUAAAACCAGAAGGUGAAUUUGAUAGACCAUCUCAACAAAGUUACGGACCGGGUGAGCGACCAAAACAAAUUAGACAUCCAGAUAACUUAAGACCUGAAGGUGAAUUUGAUAGACCGUCUUCAGAUAAUUAUAGACCAGGUGAACGACCAAAACAAAUUAAACAUCCAGAUAACUUAAAACCAGAAGGUGAAUUUGAUAGACCAUCUCAACAAAGUUACGGACCGGGUGAGCGACCAAAACAAAUUAGACAUCCAGAUAACUUGAGACUAGAAGGUGAAUUUGAAAAACGUACUCAUCAAACAAUUGGACCUGGUGAUAGAGCACCUAUUGUAAAACCUAAGGAUAAUUUAAAACCGGAAGGCGCAUUUGAUAGACCAUCUCAACAAAGUUACGGACCGGGUGAGCGACCAAAACAAAUUAGACAUCCAGAUAACUUAAAAUCAGAAGGUAAUUUUGAAAAACGACUCGUACAAAAAGUGACUGUAGGUGAGAGGACUGUUGCUUAUAAACCUCAAGAUAAUUUGCGGAUGGAAGGAGAAUUUGAAAAAAGAGAUCGAACUUACACAGUUCGAAAGGUUGAACAAGCUGUAGUCAGAAAGCAUGAGGAUAAUUUGAAAAUUGAAGGAACAAUGCACUUUACAAACAAAAACAUACAUUCCAAUCAUAAAUCAUUAGAUACUGGAUAUUCUCAAAAAAUAACUGAAAAUAAUCAAACUACAGAAGAUCACAAACAGAUAAAUCAAGUGGCAAAAUCACAUUCCUCUUCAAAAACAGAAAAUUAUUCUUCAGUACAUAAACAUCAGCAGAGCAGUACAAAUACUAGAAAGCAUAUUGAAUCUCAAAUUUCUUUAGGGGAUCAUGUUAAAGAUUCAAAUACAAAUGAAAAAAUUAGUGUCAAAUACGGACAAUCACAAUUUGAAGGAGAACUUAGACAAUCAGCCGAAUCACAAAACGUUGAAAAUCGUGUUACUAAACAAUCAUCUGAUUCUUCAUUCCAAAGAAGCUCAAAAUCAGAAGAACACUUUGGUACAGUAGAAAGAAAAAAAUGGGAAACUUCUCAAAAGAGAGAUUAUUUAAAGGGAUCAGUAACAGAUUUAAGCAGUACUAAAAAUGCAUCAUUAUCGAAGCAAAGAAUAAACCAGACAAACGAUCAAAGAUAUUCGGAUAAUACAACUCGUCAACAUUCAUCCAAUCAUUAUACUCAUAUGUCUUCACAAAAUGUUAGCAGUUUAAAUCAGCGGCAUGAAAUAAAAAGUGAACAUAUUUACUCUUCACGCCCAUCCGAAGAAACUAGAGGACAAAUGAAUCACGAUAGACUACAAAAUGAUAAUCCUGUUGAUAGAGUACAAACUACACAUCAUAAAUAUGGGCAUUUGAAUAAUAAUGAUAGUCAAAAUUAUUCAUCGCAACAUAGAACUCUUCAAAACAUUAGUCAGUCUAGUCACAAACACACCAAUGAAACCAGUGGUCAAAACUAUAAGCAGAGCACUACUAAUAGCAAUUCGAAGAUUAGUGAACAAAUUCGACGCCCCGAAAGUUUUGUUAUAAAUCUGUCUGACGAUAAAACAACAAAUAACCGAAAUGUAUCAUCUGUAGAGCAGCGUUCUGAACACUAUUCAAAUAAUCAGACGAGUAAAGUUCAUAAAACCGAAGUAGGAAGACAAUCGUUGAUUAGCGGAAAUAUCAACGAAAAUAACUCGAUUAGCCGUGAUUAUUCUUCGGGUCUGCGUUCAAGCAAAUCAGCUGUAUCGAAUGAACAUUUAAACAAAAGCAACCGGUACGAGACCAGCAGCCAAAAUAGAAAUGAAUACAAUCGGGACCAUUCUCAAUCACUUUCGUCACAACAAAAAUCCGAGCAGUCUACAAAUCGUUCACACGGCACCGAAGUAAAAAGUUAUUCCACUGCAACAUACAGGAAGUCUUUGCAUAGCACUAGUUCCAACGUGUUGAAUAUCGACUCGUCCGUGUUUGAUCGGAAAACCCGAAAUGACCAAUCUCAUCACCGUAAGUCCAUAAUAAGUUCGAACACCGAUCUGAGUAACUCAGUGUUGCACCGCAAAGGAGACGUGACACAUAUCGAAGCACCUCAUUAUACUUCUUCAGCGGCUGCUGCUCAGAGGAAGAGUAUCAACACUUUGGACUCUACAUUCGUGAUAUCACCUCCUGACAACCGGAACAGUAUUAGCGCUAUGCACCGUCAAGACAGGGUGUCGAGGUCGUCCACAAACAGGUCACAUAUCAGUCUCGGCGAUUCGUCAAUGGAGUCGAGUACUAGUCAUUACAGAAACGAAUACAAACCGAGAGUGAGUGGCCCAUGUCCUGUGCCGUUAAUUGAAAGAAAUCAAGCACCUUUCAGACACACCCGUGAUACGAAAACGCACAAAUUCUAUAAGUCGACUACAACAGACGGAGAUCGUAAAUAAACUUUCUAG